AUGGAAUCCACAGAUACAAGGUCCAGGGCAGCCUUGACCUGGCAUAGAGGCCAAGUCUUUGUCUCUGCUUUUAUAUCCCUGCCCAUUGCCGCCUUCCAAAUAUGCUUUUCUCUUUCUCUAGAUACCCAUGCUCAUUCCAUGCUCUUGGUGAGCAAUGAGCAGUGUAGCUGUCCUGCCUGUGCUCUGAAAGGGAUGACAGGAAACUUCAAGUUCCAGAAGCUGCCACCAUGGGCUCCCAGGGAGAAGGUGUGCCUUACACCAAGCUGCUCCUAUGUCCAGGGAAAUGUAGCUUUUCUUCUGGAGAACAGUACGUGUGCACCAUGCUGCUUGGAAAGCUUGUGUAUUCCAGCAGUUUGUCAGAGCUUUUUGAAAACAACUAGAAAAGAAGCAUUAAGUGCUAUUAACAAAAGAACACAAGCUCUGUGUGGUUGGGAGACCAGUGCUGACAGAGCCCCUCACAAGCUUUCUGCCGUGAUCAGGAACCUCCGAAACAGCUGUGGCCCCAGCUUCUGUUGUCAGCAGCUGCAUGCCCCUAGGAAAGCAGAUGGCACAUUCUCUGGUCUGUGGGAGGGCACCUCUUCUGCAGCAGUCCCCGGCAACUUGAAGACAGAGAUUUACUGCUGUGACACGGGACUGCUGUGCUUUGUAGAGGACACAGCCAAGGCACCACUUUCUGGGACUGUCACCAUAGGGACCCCCACCAAGGUAGCCGGGUCCCCACAGAUCACCAGCACUCAGCCAGGUCUUCUGAGAUGGCUUUCCUGUCUCUCCACUAUCCCUAGAAGCUCCCUGGGCCCUCUACCUGAAGAUUCCUGCACCCUCAGCUUCCCCAAGUCCAUGUCUAUUCCAGAGAUGCCCUGUCCCCUCACACAGUGUCCUCCAGGGACCAUCCCAGCGAGAGGACUGGACAAUGCCAUGACCUCUGCCAUCUGUUGCUUACUUGAAAGGGAUGCUCAGGCACCUCCAACUCUGGGAUUUCAAGUCCACAUGACUUCUGGAAUGGCUGUUUGUCUGCUGAUGGAAUUUGGUGAUGGUUCUGGAGUUGAAAUGAGCCUCUAUAACAUGUCCACAACAACAGAGGUGACUGCCUACCACCAGUACAGGAAAGAAGGAGUCUAUAUGCUCAGGGCUGUUAUUUACGAGUUUCAUGGAACCAAAGUGGAGCUUGGACCUUAUUAUGUGGAAAUAGGUUGUGAGGCUGUGUCUGUGUUCAUGAAUUCCAGCAGUGUCCACCAGGAUGAAGUCCUUGUCUUUGCUGGCUCCCGCCUGAAGCAGAAAAGCACUGUUGUGAUACAUCAUAUCCCAUCCACCUCUUCAUAUAAAGUGUCCUUUGUUUCUCAAACCCUAGUGGGUGACUGUCAGACUUGGACCAGCAUGACUGUUUGGUACAAGAUGCAACCUGUCUCUGUUUACACAAACGGAACAGUGUUUGCUACAGAUGCAGACAUCACCUUCAUUGCUGUUACCAAGGAAACCAUACCCCUAGAGUUUGCAUGGUAUUUUGGAGAUGAUCCACCAGUGAGGACAACUUCAAGAAGCAUUCGGAGAAGGCUCCACAUCCCCCAGUGGUACCAUGUGAAGGUCAAGGCCUCCAGCAGGAUUAGCAGUGUAGUCUCCAAGCCCCACAUCAUCAGGGUGCAGAAGAGAAUUGUAGCCAACCGGCUCAUGUCUACCACCUCAGCCCUAGUAAACACCAGCGUGGCCUUUGAGUGCAGAAUCAACUUUGGCACGGAUGUUGCCUUCCUGUGGAAUUUUGGGGAUGGCACUAUCAGCACGGGUAGUGGCUCCAAUAGCCACAUCUAUAGCAGGGAAGGAGAAUUUAUAGUGGAGGUUCUUGUCUUCAACAAUGUCAGCUCUGCCACCCUAAGAAAGCAGCUUUUCAUUGUGCGUGAACCCUGCCAGCCACCCCCAGUGAAGAACAUGGGACCUGGGCGGGUCCAGAUAUGGAGGUCUCAGCCCCUGAGACUGGGAGUCACAUUUGAAGCUGCUGUCCUCUGUGACAUUUCUCAAGGUCUUUCUUACACCUGGAGCUUUAUGGACUCUGAUGGGUCCCCCGUCCUCCUCCCUGCUGCCAUCAAUGUCCACAGACAAACUAUCGUUCUCCCAAGCUACACGCUGGUGUUCGGGAACUACACUGCCAUCGCCAAGGUUCAGAUCCAGGGCAGUGUGGUGCACAGCAACUACUGCGUGGGUGUGGAAGUGCAAAGCAGGGCACCUGUCAGUGUGAUCUCAGAGGGCACACACCUCUUCAUUCCCAGGGCUACCUUGACCCCCAUCAUCCUCCAAGGAUCCCAGUCCUAUGACCCAGACUAUCCGGGGGCUGCUCUCAGGUAUCAUUGGACCUGCACUGCUGCCAACUCACCUGGACAGCCCUGCUUUGACAAUUCCACUCCACACCAACUGGACACUGGGGCUCCCACCAUUUCCUUCACAGCAAAAUGGCUUAGCGAAUGCUGUGACCAGUUUCUCGUGACACUGAUGGUUUCCAGCACUGGCAGGAAUUCUUCCAAGGCUGAGGUGUUCCUUUCCAUCAGUCUUGCUUUUGCCUUCAGAUUCAUCCACAUCUCCUGGGUCAAUUUUAAAGACAUCUAUGUCAAUUGGAAUGAAGAACUGUCUCUCCAAGCUGUGUGUGAAGACUGUGGAGAAAUACAAAAUCUCUCUUAUUCCUGGGAUCUUUUUUUAGUCAAUGCAACAGAAAAGAACAGAAUUGAAGUUCCCUUUUGUAGCACUGUGGGGCUGCUGGGUGCCUCAGCACUCGGAACGACUUUGAAGUCAUCAGAGUCAAAUCUUCUGACCACUGAGCCAAAUAUGACAGAUUCCAGUGGAUCACCCACGCUGUCUUCACGAGAGCCUUCACCCAUGAUCCACGGUCGGCUUGCCCUUUUAGUCACUAGGAGCACCUCUACAGAGUCCACUGUGGGUGGCCACCAGAUUCCUGCUUCUGGUGACAACACAGCCCUGGAGGAUCCUUCUGAGGAUGAGCCACUGGGCCCAGAGCUGGAGUCCCUUGGUGAAGGAGCCUCAACUGUGAGCCCCUCUGAGAGAAGCUGGUCUCCACCCAGCUUCUCACCUGUCCUUGAUGGCAAGUACCUCCAUCUCUGCAGGUUGUCCCCCUUAUUUGGGCACCAGGUUUAUCUUGGGAAGGGUGCAUCUGAUUUUGAAGCCUAUUACAGUGAUAUCCAAGAAGCAAUGCCAUCUAGAGGAAGACAGAGAGGGAACUACACAGGCCUCCCAGGAUCAGGACUGAGCACGAGUGCUGAGGAAGAGAGCCCUGGUGAGGGGGACAACCUAGUGGGCCCCUUUCUCCUCGCCGGCAGAGCUGAGCCUGCCCUUGUGAUCGACUGGCCCAAGGCCCUGAUCAGCAGAGCUGUUUUCCAAGGCUACACCUCAUCGGGUAUCACAGAACCUAUUGUGACAAUAAAACCAUACUCACUGAGCAGUGGAGAGACAUAUGUUCUACAAGCAUCUGUGGCUUCAAAGCAAGACUUACUAGGCAAAGCCCAGCUGUACUUGACAAUCAACCCAGCUCCACAGGACAUGGCCUGUCAUGUACAGCCCCACCAUGGUCUGGAGGCCCACACCAUCUUCAGUGUGUUCUGCAUGUCAGGAAAACCGGACUUUCAUUAUGAAUUUAGUUACCAGAUAGGAAACACCUCCAAACAUACCCUGUACUAUGGGAGAGAUACCCAGUAUUAUUUUGCAUUGCCAGCUGGUCAGCCCUCAGACAAUUACAAAGUCAUGGUUUCUACUGAGAUCACAGACAGCAAAGGCUCCAAGGCACUGGCGUGCUCUGUGGCGGUGACCGUGCUGCCCCGUUUCCAUGGGAAAGACUGCCUCAGCGAGGACCUAUAUAAUUCCAGUCUGAAAAACCUGUCCACCCUUCAGCUGAUGGGGAGUUACAUGGAAAUGAAGAACUAUGUCACCAUGAUCACUGGGAUCCUGAAUCGUUUGGUUAAGGAGAACAGAAAUACAUCAUGUGGUCAAUGGUCACAAAUACAGGAUGCAUUGAUUUCUUCUGUAUGCAAAUUAGCUUUUGCAGAUCAGGAAGAAAUAAUUCAUUCUGUUCUUAUGUUGAGAAAUCUUAUAAGCUUCUCUAAUAAGUUAAGCUUUUUGAGUGCAGUGCACAUUCUCAAGUACACGCGGUCACUCCUUGCUCAAGGACAGCUCUUGGGAAGGUUUGUGGUUGACAGACAACUCAGGCUAGAACUUAUCCUUCUCAUCUCUGGAGUCUGGGAAGCCUCGGCACAGGAAAAAUUUAGAAAUGAGAACUAUCUACAAGAAGAAGGAAUGAAGAUUAUCUCAGAUGUAUUAUUGGGCUGUCUUUCCUUGAGCCAUCAGAAUCAUCUCAUUGUGAAUACUGGGCAGAUGGAGUUCCAGACCCUUCUUCAUCACAACCUUCGGCGCUCCAUCCAGAACCUGGGCUCUGUCCAGGUGUACUUACCUGGUGACCUGACAGGGCACAGUUCUGCUCAAGAGGGAAUGCAGAGCCUGUGCUACAUAAGCCAGCUCGUGUUCUUCAAGAAAAACCCUUAUCCAGAAGCAGGAGCACCUGGGAAGGUUGGCGAAGUCGUGGGGCUCACCCUCUACAGCUGCUCCAGCAGGAGACCCAUCCACAGAGGACGGCUGAACACACCUCUAACUGUGGAGUUUGGGGAGGAAGACAGUCCAGAUAAUAAGAGAAAUAAAACAAAGUUUAUAUUGCUUCGGGAAAAGGUGAAUUUCCAUCAGUUCACUGGGAUAUCCCCAAAACCCCAGGAGUCUCUACAGAUACGAAUUGAGUUUUCUAAGCCCAUUACCAGAGCAUUUCCUGUCAUGCUGCUAGUAAGAUUCUCCAAGAAACCUACUCCCUCUGAUUUUCUUGUGAAACAAAUCUACUCCUGGGAUGAGCAAAUUGUCCAAAUUUACAUACCUGCUGUUCCACAAAAAGGUGCCAACGUGGGAUAUUUAUCCUUGUUAGAUGCUGACUAUGACAGAAGACCUCCAAACAAAUACUUUGCUAAGGCAGUGAACUACACAGUACAUUUCCAGUGGAUCCAAUGCGUGUUUUGGGAUAAGAGAGAGUGGAAAUCUGAAAGUUUCUCUCCACAACCAGGAACUUCUCCAGAAAAAGUUAAUUGCAGCUAUGACCACCUCGCAGUGUUCUCUGUCCUGAGAAGAAAGCUGAAGGCCGGUUUUGAAGUGAGCGACAUAUCCAGUUUACAGCAUCACCCACAAAACCUACUUCCCAGUAUUUUUAUUGUGAUUUUUAUGAUUCUUUAUGGAUUUUUGGUUACUAAAAGCAGAUGUAUAGAUAAUCAUGAAAAAAAGAAAAUGGGAUACAUUUUUCUGCAAGAAUAUACCCCACCUGGCCACAAGUUGUAUGCUGUUGUCAUUGACACUGGCUUCCGAGCACCAGCUCGAUUUACCUCAAAGGUUUUCAUUGUUUUAUGUGGUGAAAAUGGACUUUCAGAAACCAAAGAGCUCUGCAGUCCUGAGAAGACCCUGUUUGAAAGGAAUUCCAGACACACGUUUAUCCUGAGUGCUCCUGCGCAGUUGGGCCCACUCCGGAAGAUCCGCCUCUGGCAUGACAGCCGUGGGCCUUCCCCAAGCUGGUUCAUUAGCCACGUGAUGGUGAAAGAGCUGUACUCAGGACAGAGCUGGUUCUUCCCUGCCCAGUGCUGGCUAGCUGCGGACCAAUGGGAUGGCCACGUGGAGCGAGAGCUCACCCGCCUGCGCCAUGGGUUGGGUUUCCAGAAACUGUUCUAUUCCAAGUUCACAGAGUACCUGGAGGAUUUCCAUGUCUGGCUCUCCGUGUACAGUCGGCCUUCCUCCAGUGGCUACUUACACACACAGCGGCUCACGGUGUCCUUCUGUCUGCUGUGUGUCUAUGCAUUCCUUGCAGUCCUAGUUACUGCAGGAGAACAUGAGCAGCUCUCUCUGGAUGUCGGACCCACAGACAUCACUCUCCGAUCCUUUAGUCUGGGUUUCCUGUGCACCCUCCUGGCCUCCCCAGGGUCACAGCUCUUGGCACUGCUCUUCAGGCUCAGCAAGGAAGCGAUGGAGUAUCCCCAGACUGAGGCAUGCAGACCGCUAAGAGGAGUGCAGACAGAGGUCCCUCUGGAUCCUACUUCUUGUAGAGGUAUCCAAGACACCCAGGAGCCAUGUAAGCAUUCUGUAUCAGCCAUUCCUUCUGGGAGUGAUAGGAGCAGAAGAAAGGCAGAAGGCAAUGGCACAGCCUGCCCAUCCAUGGAUUUGGAGGUCUGCAGGCCUGACCACCAGGGGACUUUGCAAAGGGAAAAGAGCCACCACUCCCCUCCUGGCUUACAAGCUCCAAAAGGUGGUUUUGAAGGGCUCAUGCCCCAGUGGUCAAGAGCUGGCAUGCCUUGGUCAAACUCUGCAGCAUGGGCCAUUUGUGGAUCAGCUUCCCUAGCCUGUGGACUGGGGACAGGACUCAUAGGCUACAGAUUUGUUACGGCUCAGUGUAUGAGGUGGCUGCACCUGUUGUCCCUUUCCGUGGUCUGCUGCGUGUUUGUCACCCAGCCACUCAUGAUAUGCAUCAUGGCAUUGGGUUUUGCUUGGAAAAAAAAAGAUGACAACCAAUUUUUUGCUGAGUCUUUAUGUGAAGCAACCAGGAAUCUGGACUCAGAAUUGGAAGAACGUUCCAGAACCCAUGUUCCCCUUUCUCACAGCUGCUGCAUUUCUGACUAUGCAAAGGAAGUUGAAAAAGUCUUGGCUGCCCGACAACAAGAACGCAACCUGCGCUGGGUGCGUCCACCAUCCAAGACUCAGCUCAGGGUCAUCAGGGAGAAGAUUAGGAAAAAGAGUCGUACGGAGGCAGCCCUAAGAGACAUUUCCAUGUACAUUCUCAUGCUGCUUCUGCUUUUGUUUAUAAUAUAUGGGAAAUUCUGCCCAGAUGAAUAUUCUCUCAAUCAAGCUAUCCGGAAGGAAUUUAUAAGAAAUUCCAGACAAUCCCUGGAGGGCCUGAGAAGCACUGAUGACUGGUGGGACUGGUGUCUGACAACGCUUCUGGAUGGGCUGCACCUGGGAGGCCCCUCCGCUGCUGCUGCUGCUUCUCAGGGGACUCAGCCUGGAGCCCUUGGUGGAAAAUGCUACCUAAUAGGCACUUCAGUAAUUAAGCAGCAAAAAGUUUCUCUUUGCAGAAUACACAAGCCUCCCAGGCCAUUUUCGGCGCUCCUCGAGGACUCUCCUCCUACAUGCAGCCCUGCAAUUGGAGGUUUUGAGAACCAAAAUGUGACCCCUGGUGGUCCCAGGGUCUGGGGGUUGAGAAAAGAGGACUUCGUGCUCAGCCUGGGCAGAACAAGGCCUGAAGCCCAGGAGGCCCUGAAUGCACUCAGGGCCAGCAGAUGGAUCGACCACAACACCAGGGCUGUGUCUGUGCAUUUCACCCUCUACAACCCUCCAACCAGACUUUUCACGAGUGUGACCCUGAGCGCGGAGGUCCUCCCCACUGGGGAUCUUGUCCCCUCAUCUCUGAUAGAGUCCUUCCGAAUCUUCCGCGGUGACUCAGCCCUUUGGUAUUCCCUUGUGCUUCCUGAGCUGGUCUUCCUGGUACUCAACCUGAUUCACCUCUGCUUUCAACUCUGUAGAAUGGUUGAGGAGGGUGUCCUCGACUAUUGGCAAAAGCCAAGGAGCUGGCUGGAGCUCUCUGUUAUUGGAGUGACCCUCACCUACUACACAGCCUCCAGCCACCUCACCACGCUUGCUGGGGAUGUCGCUGACCAGUUUCACAAAGGAUUUUGUCAGGUGUAUGUGGACCUCAGUCUUAUGGCAUUGUGGAAUCAGCGGACACGAUGGCUCCAGGGGAUCCUCUCAUUCCUAUGGAUAUUGAAAGGCAUUUACCUUCUUGGCUCCCUAAACUCCACAGUGUCCUUCCCUUCCAUGAUACGUUCCUCUCUCUCCAGAAUCUUUGCACCAGUGCUGAUGGGGGCCCUACUGCUGGCCACCCACUCCCACCUGCACUGGUUUCUGGUCUUCACCUGGACACUGACAUCGGUCACCUUCGCAGAUUCCUUCCCCAGGCUGCUAUUUCAUUUUCCACUAAGAAGCCAAAAAGAUUCAUUCCACAGCCUUUCUGAGUCUGACCAGGAAGACAUGGCUCCUUACUGUGGGGCCCUCUUUCUGUUGACAGCCAUGUGGUGUUUUGGAAUGCUGAGAGGUUCCCUGGUGACUUAUUUCCAAAAAAGAAAAUCUUCUCACAGUAAAUCUCUUGUGAGAUUUAAAGACAUCACUGCUUACACAUGGGUGAAGGCCCUCACUUUUCUGGGUCUGGAAAUGCCAAAGCCGGAAGAAGCUCAGGUGGUUGCAGAUCAUAAUUAUUACUGGGAUGAAUUUGCAAGUCUGUUAGAUGAACUUCUGAUGAAGAUUGAUGGGUUGUCUGAAAGCCUAGAACUCUCUCUUCCAGAAAAACAACACAGGAGCACAGUGGAAGCAAGAGCAGAAGAGAGUCCUUUAGUGGGUGUUUCAGGCUACCAAGCCACUGAGCUCUGAUUUCAAAUGAUUCCAAAACCAGACAAAGACACAUCAAAGAAAGAAAACUUCAGAC